AUGGAAAACUUUCCAAACUACUUCAAUGCAAAUGGUUCAGUUUUAGCUAAUGGAAAGACUAACUCACAUCAUAAAAGCGAUGUCUGUAUUAAUGACAGAUUACCCAAGGAAUUAAUUAUCAGGGUGUUCUCCUACUUAGAUAUCACUACCUUAUGCAAAUGCUCCCAAGUCUGUAAAUUUUGGUAUGAGUGCGCUUUCGAUGGAAGUAACUGGAAAAGCAUCAACUUGUUCGACUUCCAGCGGUAUGUACAGCCAAAAGUAGUUGAAAAGAUCGCCCAAAGAAGUCGUGGUUUUCUACGUGACUUAAGACUAAAGGGCUGUAGAAAUGUGACUGAUGAAGCCUUACAAUGCUUUACACAACUUUGUCAUAUGAUUGAAAGUUUGGAUUUAUCAGGAUGUCAGAAUUUAACAAAUGGGACUUGUGAUUAUCUGGGGAAAAAUUGUUCUCUUCUGACCACACUGUCUCUGGAAAGUUGCUCUCGCAUUGAUGAUACUGGAUUAGAAAUGCUAAGCUGGUGUACAAAUCUAACAUGCUUGGAUGUAUCCUGGUGUAGUGUUGGCGAUCGUGGAUUAACUGCUAUCGCUCGAGGCUGUAAAGGUUUACAACGUUUCCGUGCUAUAGGCUGUCAAGAGAUAACUAGUCGUGGUGUGGAACAGUUAGCACGUCAUUGUCAUGGCCUAUUGCUGUUAAAUUUAAAUUACUGUGGACAGGGUGUCACAGAUGAAGCAAUGGUUCACCUUUCUGUCGGUUGUCCCGAUUUACGUGUCCUAGCUAUCUCCCAUUGUUCAAUAACUGAUCAAGGUCUUCGGGCAAUAGCCGGUACACUCUCCCCCGCUGCCGCGGCUGCUAUUGUUGGACAGGCAUCAUCUGCUAGUCAACAAAAUGGUAUCCCAUUAAUUCUUCCUGUACCAGCAGUAACAAGUAAUGGAAAUGUUGUCGGUCAUCAUCAAGAUUCCUCGGCUAAUAAUAAUAAUACUGAGGAGAAUCAAGGCGAUCGAAUGCCCACCAAUGUAAACAGACGUCAAAAAACUAAUGAUGCCAGCAAAACACCGCUAGUCCCUGUUGGUUGUGUUCAUUUAACCACACUAGAAGUUGCUCGAUGCUCAGCUAUUACAGAUAUUGGACUGUCUGCUAUCGCUCGAGUAUGCAAUAAACUAGAGAAGUUAGACCUAGAAGAUUGUGCAUUAGUCACCGAUUCCACGUUAGCCCAGUUAGCUGUUCAUUGUCCCCGGCUGAAUACACUUGUCUUAUCCCAUUGUGAUCAAGUCACAGAUGAAGGUAUUGCUCGACUAGCUGAAGGUCUCUGUGGUUCUGAUCAAUUACAAACCCUGGCUAUGGAUAAUUGUCCUCUACUCACUGAUGCUGCUUUGGAGCAUUUAGGCAGUAAUUGUCGAAAAUUAAAACAACUUGAUUUAUAUGAUUGUCAGUUAAUCACUAAACAAGGAAUUAACAGUUUAGAGUUACAUUACCCUCAACUUCAAAUCCAUGCAUAUUUUGCUCCCGGGACUCCACCUGCAUUAACAUUUGCCAGACGACGUCGAUAUUGUAGAUGUUGUCGUAUCAUUUAA